AUGGCGACCAAGAAGAAGGUUUUCGUGGGCUCGGUGUAUGAGUUCAACCAACUCGGAGCCGACGAACUUGUGGAAAGAUUUAAAGAUGCCCAUGAUGACCCUGAUGACGCGCCAUUCGUCACAUACGAUGCAGCGAAUAAGAUCUUUACCUCCGAAACCGAAGAUAGAGACGCUCUGCCCAACCUGCUCACCACUGUUUCCGGUUACAUUGAGAACCAGGAAAAUACUCAGCUUGGCAUCGACGAUGAACCUCGCCUCCGACCCAUGCCAGGCUGUGUCCUCAGUGAUCCUAUGGCUGACAACUCGUCUGAUGACAACGAGCUGCUGGACUACCACUCGGACGAGGAAUCUGACGACAAUGAAGACCCUCUCCAGAGCCUUCAACAUCUCACCGCCUACUGGAAACCACGUAGUGGCGACCUGGGCAUUCUUCUCCCUGCAUAUGCGCAAGAAAUCCGUCGGUUGACAGGCACAGAGAUCUUUGUCGAGGUGGCGGAGAAGAGAUAUCGUUUGUUCCAGGGCAAUUUCAAGCUCGCUCGCGAGAAGCUCCUACGAUUGGAGCCAUUGUUGGAAUCCUUUCAAUUGCAACGCACCGGCCUGGCGCCCGUGUCUGCUGGAAAUGUCCUUGUCUGGCCAACCCAGUACAAGGAUGCGAGAUUGCAGUUUGUCAAAAUCACCGGUUCCCAUCCUGCAUACGCUCGUGUCAUCGUCAACAAGUCGGAAACCACUCUCUUUAGGAACGUGAUUGGCGAAAUCCGUCUGAUCAACUCUGCGUUUGAGUAUGAAGCUCCGGGCCACCUCUAUCGCAAAGGUGUUUCGCCUACCAGCCAAAUCCAAGCUUCUAGCAUCUGGGAGGGAUAUGUCUUCAAGAGCUUCGGCGACCCAAGUGUCAUGAACCCCGUCAUCUCGUCGAACCCUUCGUCUGAAAACAGCAACAGCGACAAAGGCACAGUCAAGGAUCCGAAUGAAGGGCGCAUUGCUGAGUGGUCCACUGAGGUCGUUCCUGGUGCAGAUCCAGAUAUCGCUCCUGAGGUCCCGGCAAUCGAACCUGCAUGGCAUGGUCGUCGACGUAUCAUCUAUGAUACUGAUACCGAUAGCGAUGAGGGUGGACGGUCGCCUGCAUUGGCGAAUGCACAGCUGGACGGACAACAGGACGAUAUUCCAGUUCCUGGCAUGCCGCCACGCGCUACAACACCGAAGCCAACCUCGGAUUUGUUGUCUCUUGUUUCAUCUCCACCACGAGGAACGUCAACAAAUGACCUCGAGAGUAUGAUUCGCAACGAACCAGCACAAGCACAUGGGCUACUUACCAGCCUCAUGGCAGGAGAUGAGGAUUUCUUGACUGGCGACGCUCCACCCUGGGCUGAAGCUAUGGCUAGGGUAAAGGCUCAGCAUGCCCAGGCCAUCAGGGCAGCCUCCACUAAGUCUGCCGAGCCAGUUUUGCAAGAGAAGCUCGUGGAUUUCUCUUCGCCAAAGAAGGUGUCUGAGCUGGUCUCAUGCACUGAAGCUUUGGCUAAAGCAGAACCUCAGCAUAUCGAGGUCACCAAGGCACACUCCAUUAAGGCCGCGACACCGAUUCCGCAAGAAAAGCUGGUCGAUAUCUCCUCGCCAUUGAAGGUUUCUGAGCCGGUCUCAAGCACCAAAGCUUUGGCUAAUCCAGAGGCUGAUGGCUCCAAGGUCAUCAAGGCAGCCUCCACUAGGCCCGAGACACCGAAACCCCGAGAAAAGCUUGUCGAUAUCUCGACCCCAGUAAAGGUUUCUGAGCCGGCAUCAAGCGCUAAAGACAUCCGAGCGACCGGUUCUCUUGCAGCAGCCAUGGCAGAUCUCCACUUAGACGAACCCUCAAAGCCUGCUGCACCCAAAUCUACCCUGUCAAAUCCAACUUCUGUGAAGUCGGCAUCAAGCGCUGAAGACAUCCAAGCGACCGACAUGGCAGAUCUCCAGCUCGAUGAACCCUCAAAGCCUGCUGCACCCAAAUCUACCCUGUCAAAUCCAGCUUCUGCGAAGCCGGCACCACCUCUAUUGGACCCAACCACCCCUCCACGACCAGCUACCGCAGAUGCUUCUUCGCCACGACCGGCUUUCGACCCUAAAUCCUAUGGCACACCGUCAAAGAAGCUGCGGCGUGGCCAGAAUCUACAUGCAGGACGACAUCCUGGAAAUACACCCCGCGCCACCAUGCAGAGUCGCGGUGGUCGUGGAUAUGUCAACAACAAUGUCUACGCCCAAGCUGCAGCGCGAGGCCAAUUCUCUGCAUCCAAUCCUCCACGUGAGCCCCGUGCCAUGCGAGGCUAUCCGUUUCGAGGCUCUCCAAGCCGCCCAGGAGUGGGUGCAAGUCGUGGAGGUCGGGCGAGUGGUUCCCCACGGGUUCGUCCCGCAGACCUGGUCGACACAAGCUUGCCUGCCAAUCCGCCAGCCCCAGACAACGGCACGCCGAGAAUACCACCAGGAUUCGAAGCUCAUGUACCCUUGGUUCGUGCAGAGACGCCUCCCCCGCGUAGCCGGAUCCAGACACCAAACAUCAUGGACGAACCCAUUGAAGCAGGUCCAUCGGGUCAAAAGCCGCCUGCCUCUGCCGCCUCGACGCAUCGCAACAUUAGAUUUAGCGACGAGGGUUCCGAUUAUGUGACCACUAAAGUCCCGAAGCGUGAUGUUGCGUUUUUGAGAGAAAAUGCCCUUCGAAGUGCCAUAGCAGCUGUCGAAGCUCAAAAGGAAGCCAAAGCACAAGUUCAAGGCAAGUCUCCAGUCCCAAGUCCGGGUCUUGAGAACAAGAAGGCAGAAGACAACGAUCCAGCGCCAUCUUACCACUCUACCAUGCGUCAACAAGGCAAGAAUCCCGGCAAGAAGCAACCCGUUAAGAACGAGACGAAAGCCGAAGCCGCUGCUCGUCGAGCUCAAGCACUGCUAGAUGCCCAUGGACCGGUCCCGGCAAAAGCAAAAGCACCAUCAUCGCCCAAGUCGCAGGCCUCGAAGAAGAACUCUUCAUCGACUGAAUCCAUGAGCAACUGGAAGAAGAACCAGAUUCGGAAGAACGCACCCGUCGCCGACGACCAUCCAAAGAUUGUCGAGGACUUGUCUCGCAAACAAACAUGUGACAAACUUGUGUCCCAGUUGGAACCCCUGUUCGAGACAUGUCGAGCGUUCAACGGUAGGGUCAUGUUCGAAAUGGCAAUCGGGCAAGUCUUGGUAUGGCCGGGCGUCAGCCUCUCGGAGCAGAAUCUGUACAAAGGAAGUGAUUGGGAAAAACUGUUUGAUCCUACGCAAAGCAAGACGCCAUGCGCAACCACAUUCACCAAGAUCAUUACAACCAACGGCGCCGACAUUGAUCGUGCACUCGAGGUGAAGGGACCAAUGUCUGGAGCUGCUGCUAACGACGAUAACGCCUCCAAGUUAUGGUACGCCCGGCCGCACAAACAGUCUGUCACAUACGAAUUCCUAUGCCAGACUCGGACGAACGAAGAUUUUGUGAUUUUGGUCGACGAGUCUGGAAACCAUGAGAUUCGCAAGGGCUACGUCACAAUCGGCCAGGUCAAUUUGCACGUCCCGGCCUCGGUCUGGGACGCCUCUGCCAUGCUCUCAGGUGACUUGAAAUGGUUCUCGGCUCCCGAGCCACUUGAGAAGAGUGCAGAAACAUUCGCCAAGUCAUUGUACAUUGUUCCAAACCGCAAGAACCUUCAGAUCGUGUUUCGCCAACCGAGCGACCACGAAGUGCAGGUUCGAAACGUCAUUGUCAAACGAGUCAGUUACCAUGCGUGUCGAUGCGCAGACAAGAUCCAGCUCAAAGUGGUCGAAUCCAAGAGUCUGAUGUUCAAAGUCCAUCCGCAGGACAAGAGACUGUGGCACGGCUACGAGGCCACAACCGCCGAAAACUACGCCAAGCUCGCGCGCGACAGUCGGAUCCAUUACGAAAUGUCGGUCGUGCACACCGGCAUCAACGACAUACUUGCAGAGAAUGAACACCUAGAAAUUGGCGAUCUCACACCCGUCGAAACUACGGGGAAAUCUCUCCUUGUCAACAAUGGCCCGGCGAUCCGCUCCAUGCUCGAUGUUGCCAUGUGUCUCGUUUCCAAGAUCGAUUGGCUUGGAAUGCAUAACUUCGGCACCCAGCCCCGUUUGGACAUGCAGAAGGAAGAACAAGCUCGUCAGAUUGAGGCCUCGCUCGCCGCACAAGGGAAAUCCGUCUUUCCGCAUGCUGAACAGCAACCUACGCGCGUUGGCGUCGCUUCUGCCACGGUCAGCAAACAACAACAACCGCAAAUGAUGAUGAAACCAGCUGGAGCUGUAACUGCCGCUACAGGAAAUCUCGGUGGCCUUGCUGUCCUUGCUGGCGUCGAUGAUAAAGCCGAACGAGUGGGCACUCCACCACGCGCAGCGGCAGCCGCAGCGGGAGCCGCAGGCAGCACACCAAACACCGCGGGGCUCCUGAUCAAGCCGCCCGUCCCAGGUGUGCGCAUGGACACGGUCGCCGAAAUCUAUCAAGACCCCGAAGAUGGAUAUCGAUACAUGGUCGGUAUGGGCGGUGCCAGAAUCCCUGUUGUCCCCCGUGGAUCUGGAACUCGAUCCGGUGGAAGUGCAACUGGAACGCCAACUGGAACACCAACACCGGGUCCCGACAUCGAUGCCAUCACCAGAGAAAACGACAAUAAGGUGAGUUCUGCCGCCUCCAUCAUGCCGGACGAAAGUGCUAGCCAGAUCGGUCUGCCUGCGAAACAUCAACCACAGCAACAGCAACCACAAGCACAACAAGGACAACAGUCGGCCUCGGCCUCGGCGUCGCCGUCGCCUUUGCGGGCCCCUUGGUCCACGGAUAGUAAUCGUGGCGUGGGGUUCUGGUGA